AUGGAAAAACAAAGGAAACAAAACAAACAAGAAGGUGAUGAUCGGAUAUCUGUUUUGCCAGAACCCAUUAUUCACGAAAUCCUCUCUCAUCUUCAUGACACUAAAGCUGCAGCCAGAACUAGUGUUUUGUCCAAGACUUGGCAACGUGCAUGGGCUUCAUUCCCUUGUGUUGUUUUUAACGAAUGGGAUUUCGAUGCGAGAAGCAGUGAAAGCCCCGAUAACUCUCCAGAAGAGAACAGAAGAAUCAGGAUAAAGAAGAAUGCUUUCAUGACUUACAUAGAUAAAACCCUUCGUAGCCGCGACUCAAGUGUGGAGGAAUUCGCUCUUCAGUUAACCCACCAUGACAAGGUGUUGCUGUUGCCUCGUGUUGUUGAAUGGUUAACCAUUGCAACUGAGAGAAAAGUCAAGGCCCUGGGUCUCUUCUUGUCAAUAAUACAUUUUAGUGAUGGAAAUGAAUCUGGAAAACCGAUAUAUUAUAGUUUACCUCAGGUAGUGCUUGAGGCCAAAACAAUAACUGAGCUCCGGCUAAAAUUUUGCAAGUUAGAGCCUUGUAAUGAGUUCAAAUUUUGUCAUCUGAAAACUUUGGUUUUGAAUAAUGUUCGUCUAGAUGAGCAGGUAAUUCAGAAUCUGACACUAAGAUGCCCUUUGAUUGAGGAUUUUCGACUAAUAUGCUGUCAUGGUCUCAAACAUUUAAAGGUGUCAAAUCUUCCUCGGCUUAACCUGCUUCAUGUAUUAGCUAGAAGAAAGGUUUCGAGGAUUGAAAUUAAAGCGCCAAGUUUACAAACCUUUUACUACUGGAGUAAGGAUUCCUACCGAUUGCAAUCAGUGAAUGUGCAUUGUGAUAUUUACUUGGAAGCUUGUAAAAAUUUGAAAAGACUUGAACUAGUUGGGCUUAGUAACAGGACAAUUGAGUUGCUUCAGACCUUAAGUUCAAAGUUUCCCACUCUUGAGGUCUUGGAAAUCUCAACAUGCAAGAUGGCAAGUAUCAAAAUCUGUUCACAAACGCUUAAGAUGCUCAAAUUAGAGAAGUGUACAGAUCUUGAGGUGGUGGAAGUUGAUACCCCCAAUUUAGUUUCACUUCAGUACAGAUUGAAUAAAUGUCUCUUCCAUUCUUUCAAUGCUCCAAGUUUGCAAGGAGUUGAGCUUGAAUUGGAUCUUGGAAGUUGUAUCACUCUUUGGUUUGAUAAAUUGAAGGAACUUGUUGGAAAGUUUAAUAGUACUGAAGGUUUAAACUUGGUUAUCCACUCUGAGAGCAAAGUCAUUCUACUAGAUGGAUUGAAUGAAAGGGUGCUUUCUUCGGGAAUUGAUCUCAAGGACUUGAGGCCAGCAAUAGUUAUUAUAUCUUCAAUGAGUUCAUCAGAUUUGGUAGAAAGAAUGCUGCUUGAUUAUUCUGUAGAGACCCUAUCAAUAUUGUCAAAUUCUAGCAAAUUACUAGAGGUCCUGAAUGAGAAGCUACUUAAGAAGCUAUUCAAAUCAGAAGGGCUACAUCAACAUGAGUCCUUUUUUGAUGUAAAGGUUGAGAAGAUAGAUGGGGAAGAAGAUCCUAAAUAUUCCAAAUGGAUUGCCUUGUUGAAGUCUUAUAAAGCUGUGGACUACCAGACAACAAAUUUUAAAAUUGAUUGGAAGAAUGAUUGA